CCUAAAGUAGCAAAAUUCUUUUACAGCCUGCAGGUGAAUAAUCAGAAUUUGAUUUUAUAUAUUGCUGGUUGUAUAUUUGGUUAAUAAAACGAAAAUUUGAUUAUGAGAUAAGAUUUGCUGGGGAUUGCAUAUAUAUAUAUAUAUGGUGCCUUCUAUGGUACCCCGGGUGAAAUAUGGGGUACCGCAUAUGUUGAGUAUGAAAACGCUAUUUAGACCUCGAAUUAGCAGGAUUUUUGGGAUGAUACUAUACCCUAAUCCUUAAUGAGUGAACACUUGAUCCUAAUUAUCUAAAUCAUAAACUAUAAACCCUAAGAUGAUACAUUGAUUUUUUUGACUAUAUUUGGAAAAAUCAUAACCGUCGAUUAUUGUUUCUAAUUAAAUUGAUCUUGGGGUAUAAGAUUUAGAGAAUUAAGAUCUAGAUUUUGAUCUUUAAGGGUUAGAGUAUAGUAUCAUGUCCGAAAGAUCAGUCAAUUCAAGUCCUGAAUAGCGUUUUCUUACUCAAGGUAUGCGGUACCCCCUGGGUACCGUAGAACUCCCUCUAUAUAUAUAUAUAUAUAUAUAUAUAUAUAUAUAUAUAUAUAUAUAUAAAACACUAUAAUAUCAAUUAAAAUAAUGAUCAGUAAGGGUAAUAGAGUAAUCAUAAUAUAACCACAACUAGAAUUUAGCAAAAUCCAUUAUGGAAUCUAUCAAACAAACAAUGGAUUUAUCGAAAAACCAAAUGAACCAAUUUCAUCAUAAAUUCAUGAUUUUGUAAAACGUUUGCUAAAGGUCAUUAUAUGAUGUACUUACUACAGUAGUACAUAGGUUCCUACCCAGGGGUGGAGGCAGAGCUGGCUUAGGGAGGUCAGAUGCACCACCUUGGUGUUAGAAAUGAACAUUAACAUGUAGGUAUAUGUUAUGUGCAAAGAUGGAAGAUCGAACUUGUUACCUCUCAUCCAACAACAGGUGUCUUAGCAACUAAACCACUUGCCAACUUUUGAUUUAUAUGAACAUUUGUUUAUUUAUUUAUAUAAUCAUGUAAGAUUGCAUUAAUUAAAACACGGCUUUGUCUAUUCCCCAAGCCCAGACACAAUCUCUAAUUCAUUCGACUUUCCUUCCAAAAUAGAAGAUACCCGCAGCUCGUCCCUGUACAGUUACAAGAGCUUAAUAGCCGCUUUGAUGAAGUGAACACUGAAUUGUUAUGCUGUGUUGCUUGCCUAAAUUCAGAUGAUGCAUUUGUUGACUUUGACAAAAAAAAAUUGUUAAAACUUGCUACCUUUUAUCUUAGUGAGAUCUCUGAUGAUGAUAUCUUACAUAUUGAUCUUCGGCUUGAUACUUAUAUCUUUGACGUGAAGACGGAUAACAUGUUCACUAAGUUGAAGGGAAUUCCUAAUCUUUGUAGGGAAAUGGUUGUGGCAAAGAAGUUUCGACCAUUUCCCUUGGUGCAUCGACUUGUGAAAUUGGCAUUGUUGUUACCAGUUGCCGCUGCAACUGUUGAUAGGGUAUUUUCCGCAAUGAAUUACGUGAAGAACACACUACGAAGUCGAUUGAGCGAUGAAGGGUUGAAUGAUUUUGUGGUAGGAUAUGUUGGAUGAUAAAUGUAUUUUACAGACUUUUCAAGAUAUGAAAACACGUCGUGGAUCAUUGUAAACAUUAAUAACUUUUAUUAUAUAUCUUUUUUAUUUCGGACCUACCUUAAACUAAAUCCUGGCUACGCCCCUGUUCCUACCUAUACCGUAAGCAAGUUGAUGUGGGAUUGGUGUUGUCCCUUUGAUGGUAAAAGUCACCGUAAAACUGUGCUUAAUGGUCACUACAAAUGAAAUCAUAAUUCGAAAUAACUUACAGUUAACUAUUUUUUUUGGUCGACUUAGUCCGUGUAAAAGUGAGCAAAUUUAAUAAAAUAAUAAGAUAAUAAUUUUUUAGAACCAACCUACAUACUUAUAUGUAUUAUCAAUUUAUUCAAUUAUGUAAAUUAAUAAUUAUUAUAUAUAAUUCAUAAAAAAAUAACUAGGAUAAUCUAGAAAAAUAUGAAUCCAUAGCUGUUUGUUUCUUCUUGAAAGUCAAGUCUAUUAGAAGUUCAUUUUGAACUUUCCUCAUUGCACUCAAAAUUGACGGGUGUUAUCUUCUCUAAUUUCAAUAAGUAUUUUUGAAGAGUCGAUGCGGCUUUAACUGUUUCUUUUCGCGUAGUCGGUUUCGAAGGUGUUGAAUCAUCAUCUCUUUUAUCCUCAAUUGUACCCUGAUGACAUUAGCCACUAUUUCUUUGAAACUUUUAUCUUCCAACAACUAACUUACAUCCAUCUUGUUAAGAUGAAUAUAUAUACUCAAAGUAAUUGUGUAUGAAUAUGGACGAUUAAUUGUAAAAAAAAAAGAAAGAAUAUGGACGAUUAAGAUAAUAUAAUGAAUGUUAAAAGUAAAG